UUUUUUUUUUUGUUUUUUUUUUUUUUUGGAUGGAUGCAAGACAGGGAAAGAUCAUUGCUAUGAUUAGGCUGAGGAUUAGAGGGAGGGACGGCGUUUUUUUUUUUUUUGAUACGGUGCAGUACAGUACAUUUGUUAUUGCUUCUGAGCAUGGAAGAGAGGCAGACAUGCGUGCAUGCAUGUAUCGUGUUUCUUGUUAUUUUAAUUAUUAUUAUUUUCCAAGUUUGUUGUUUUGGGAAGGGUGCGGGGUAACAUGGAAUGGUACAAAUUACCUAGCGAUCGAUCGGUCGAUAUCGAUCGAUAUAAAAGAGAGGGGGGAGACAGAAAGUACGGCGUCUGUGGUAUAGUAGAUGGACGGACGGCUGUAGAAAAGUAGACGGGAGUGGGAAGGGGAAGGAUUAUUUGGGAACAGCAGAAAAGGAAAUCAAACCCUGUCUCCACGUGUAUAUUGUUGAAUACUCCUGUUAUUUGUUCUCGGAGUAAUAGCGUGAGACUUGGGGAUCCAGAUAAUAUGAUAAAGGCGUUAGUUAAUAAAACCCUCUCGGGGCUUUGAAAUAAACAACACCUUUGAUUCGUUUUGCUCUAAACGGCUCUUGGCCAUGAAUCCGUGGGGUUCUGUACAGCUGGAUCUUCAUCCACGCAACCCACUAGCAACUGCUAACAAGGCCAGGGCCGUACAGAGUGCCGCACAGGAUGGGGUCACUCUCCGAAGUAAAUAUUCAGAAUACGCUCAGAAGCCAUGACCAGCCUGCGCCAGUCUCAU